AUGCCCCUUUUCGCAUUCUCCCACACCCAUUCCCAUCACCGCAUUCCCCCUUCCCCAUUCCGACCUCUCGGUCCCGCAUUCCCCCAUCCGCAUCCGCCUUCCCCCUUCCCCAUUCCCCCAACCGCAUUCCCCCUUCCCCAUUUCCCCAUCCAAAUUCUCCCUUCCGCCUUCCCCCAUCCGCAUUCCCCCUUCCGCAUACCCCCAUCCCCAUUCCCCCUUCCGCGUUCCCCCUUCCGCUUUCCCCCUUCCGCGUUCCCCCUUCCGUAUUCCCCCUACCGCAUUCCCCCAUCCGCAUUCCCCCUUCCCCAUCCCCCCUUCCGAAUUCUCCCUUUCGCAUUCCCCCACCCGCAUUCCCUCCAUCCGCAUUCCCCCUUCCGCGUUCCCCCUUCCGCAUACCCCCUUUCGCAUUCCCCCUUCCCCUUUCCCCCUUCCGCAUUCCCCCUUCCCCUUUCCCCCUUCCGCAUUCCCCCUUCCGCCUUCCCCCUUCUGCGACGCCCCCCCACGCGUUCCCUCGCAAGCGUUCCCCCUUCCGUAUUCCCCCUUCAGCGUUCCCCCCUCCGUAUUCCCCCUACCGCAUUCCCCCAUCCGCAUUCCCCCUUCCCCAUCCCCCCUUCCGCCUUCCCCCAUCCGCAUUCCCCCUUCCGCAUUCCCCCCAUCCGCAUUCCCCCUUCCGCGUUCCCCCUUCCGCUUUCCCCCUUCCGCGUUCCCCCUUCCGUAUUCUCCCUACCGCAUUACCCCAUCCGCAUUCCCCCUUCCGCAUUCCCCCUUCCGCCUUCCCCCUUCCGCGACGCCCCCCCACGCGUUCCCUCGCAAGCGUUCCCCCUUCCGUAUUCCCCCUUCCGCGUUCCCCCUUCCAUAUGCGCCCUUCCGCGUUCCCCCAUCCGCAUCCCCCCUACCGCAUCCCCCCUUCCGCAUUCCCUCUUCGGCAUUCCCCCUUCCGCCUUCCCCCUUCCGCCUUCCCCCUUCCCCGUUCCCCCUUCCGCCUUCCCCGUUCCGCGUUUCCCCUUCCUCAUUCCCCCUUCCUCAUUCCCCCUUCCGCAUUCCCCCUUCCCCAUCCCCCCUUGCGCAUCCCUCGUUCACCCUUCCGCAUUCCCCCUUCCUCAUUCACCCCUCCUCAUUCCCCCUUCCGCAUUCCCCCUCCUGCAUUCCCCCAUUUUCCCCCCCAUGCCUCAUAGGGCCCCCCAUUCCAUCCCCAUGUUCCCCCCCUUUAGGCCCCAUGUUUCCCCCCUGCAUGUGAAAUCCUCAUGUUGCCAAGGCUGGGUGGUGAGUGCAUCGCUGCUCACAGCAGCAUGUGGAGUGCUCACCAGCAUAGGAACCACUCAGCCUGCAUACUCUGACUCACCUUCGCUUGUCACAUCCUCUUUUCCCACCCUACCCUUCCCUUCCAAAACGCCAAGGUUGGGUGGUGAGUGCAUCGCUGCUCACAGCAGCGUGUGGAGUGUUCACCAGCAUGGGAAGCUCACAGCUCGCACACUCUUGCUCGCCUUCCCUCGUCACAUCCUCUUUUCCCUCCGUCCCCCUCCCUUCCCAGAUGGGCGGUGA